UAGACGCAGUUGCAAACUAGAUACGAUGUUGAUGGUUGGUCCAAUGUUCGAAAAGGUCUUGAAGGCCGACGGUUUUAUCGCCGCCCUCGACCAGAGCGGCGGCAGUACACCAAAAGCUUUGCGAUUGUACGGCAUAUCGGAUGAUUCCUACGUCGAAGGCGAGAAAAGCAUGUUUGACAAGGUCCACGAAAUGAGGACGAGAAUCAUUACGAGUAAAGCCUUUGAUGGCGACCGGAUCCUCGGAGCCAUUUUGUUUGAAGAUACGAUGGACCGCGACAUCGAAGGUCAGUCUACGGGGCACUAUUUGUGGCAAAAGCGCAACAUUGUACCGUUCUUAAAGAUCGACAAGGGGCUGGCCUCGGAAGCGUCCGGCGUGCAGCUGAUGAAACCGAUACCUGGCCUCGACGAAUUACUCAAGCGGGGCAAAGGCAACGGCAUGUUCGGCACCAAAAUGCGGUCAGUCAUUAAGAAGGCAAACGCCGAGGGAAUCAAAGCCAUCGUGGACCAGCAGUUCGAACUGGCCAAGGAGAUCAUCGCGGCAGAGCUCAUCCCCAUCAUCGAACCGGAAGUUGACAUUCACAGUGAAGAAAAAGAGGAGUGUGAGACAAUCUUGAAAAAGUGCAUCCUGGACCACUUGAAUCAACUCAAGAGUUCGGAUAUGGUCAUGUUGAAGCUGACACUACCGUCUCAGCAAAACUUUUACAAGGAGUGCAUUGAUCACCCACAAUGCAUGCGCGUGGUGGCGCUGUCCGGUGGAUACGAACGCGAACGAGCGAACGAAAUUCUGUCGCAGCAAAAGGGCAUGAUUGCGAGCUUUUCUCGUGCCCUCACGCAAGACAUGAAACACGGCAUGACGGAAGACGAAUUUGACGAAAAACUCGACCAGGCCAUUGCCAGUAUCUACAAAGCUUCCAAGGCAGGUUAAUUGUCACGUAGUAGAAUACCUACAGGUACACUUAAAUUGACUGGGUUUACGCUAAGUAACACCACGUUUUCUACGGAUUGUUCCUACAGACGCCUCAUAUCUAGGUUUUUGUCGACUGCAACAGUGUCCAUUCGUUCCGGUAUUUGUCUUUCAAGUGGUGUUGCAAAUCGUCGUCGAACUCGGCGUCGUCCAGCUGUCGAAAAUUGACAAUAGCGGCGGGGACUCCGCAUACGAUUGCCAACGGGGGUACGGGUUUGGUCACAAUAGAUUUGGCGGUGACUACCGCUCCGUCUCCGACCACGAUAUUGCCCAAUACAGACCCUCCGUCUUGUACAAUAACCCCAUUGCCAAUUUUCGGAUGGCGGUCGCCUGCUUCCUUACCGGUUCCACCUAAAGUGACGCCCUCCAAGAUGCUAACGUCGUUGCCCAGCACGGCCGUUUCGCCAAUGACGACGCCAGCUCCGACGCGGACGUAUAUUCCGUGGCCCAUGCGGCAAGCCGGAUGAAUAUCGGCGGAGAAUUUGCGACUGACAGUGGACUGCAU